AUGGAAUGCCCUACACAAAAAAGGACAAGAUCCCAUAAUAUAAUAUCAUGUUUGCCAGGGGAUAAAUCUCAUGCCAAAAAUGCAAAAUCACCACUAGAAAGGCUCAAAUUAUUCAUUUCACCUAAUAUUACAGAUUUAAUUUUAAAAUAUACAAAUCAAAAGAUUGAGUCUGAAAAAGAUGACUCUGUUUAUCAUGCCAAAAUGGAUGAAAAUGAAUUGAAUGCCUUAGUUGGUUUUGGUUUGCUAAUGAUAGCCGGAGUUUAUAAAUCCAGUCAUCAAAAUAUAAGAGAUUUAUGGAAUAAGGAUGGAUUUGGUGUUGAUAUAUUUAGAUAUACUAUGAAUAUAAAUAGAUUCCAAUUUCUAUUGAAAGUGCUUAGAUUUGAUGAUAUGAAUACAAGAAAUACAAGGAAAGCACUUGAUAAAGCCACACAUAUUAGAGAAAUUUUUGAUAUUUUUAAUGAUAAUUGCAAUAAUUCUUAUUCUGUUGGACAAUAUGUUACUAUUGAUGAAAUGCUUCCUGCAUUCAAAGGAAAAUGUCCAUUAAGGCAAUAUAUGCCAAAUAAACCAUCAAAAUAUGGUCUGAAAAUAUAUGCUCUAGUUUAUUCUAGAACUUUUUAUACAUUAAAAACAGAAUUAUAUACUGGCAAUCAGCCAGAAGGGCCAUACAAAUUGUCAAACAAGCCAUUUGAUGUAGUUGAAAGACUAAUUCAACCAAUUUUAAAAAGUAUGGAGCUGAUAACUCCAUUUAUGACCAAUAGAUACGAGAACCCUCGUAUAAAUAGACUAUUACGUAACAACAUAGGGGACGUUCUCAACAUAAUUGAUGAAAAACAUAUUCCAAUAAAUAAAAAGGGAAGAUGUUAUGUGUGUCCAAGGGUGAAAGAUAAAAAACAACAUUAA